AUGUGGGGCCAUCCAACUUGGUGUUGCCACCAGUCUCUAGCUGCAGACGAGGGUGGUUGCUUGCCAUGGCUGGACAAGCAAGAGCCUCGCUUGGUGGCACACAUUAACUUUGGCUCAGUGGUAGCACCCACAAAAGAAGAGCUUACGGCUAUAGCUGAAGCCUUCGAAAGAAGUGGGGUUCCAUUCAUAUGGACUCUUGAGGAUAACAUGAUACCAAAUUUGCCAAAAGGGUUUUUGGAAAAAAGUGAAAAAUUUUGGGAAAAUAGUACAAUGGGCACCCAGGCGGAGAUACUGCUCAUAGAUGAAUGCAAGGAUAUGGUAGAGGAAAUUUGGGAGAUUGGUGUGAAGGUUGGGAGUGGAGUUUUAACAAAGGAAGCAUUGGAAAGAUGUUUGGAUAUGGUACUUUUGUGUAAAAAGAAAAGGAGAAUGAAAGAGAAGUUAAAGCUACUUAAAGAGCUAGCAGCGGAAGCUGUUGGCCCUGGUGGAAUCUCUACACAAGACUUUAAGGAGUUGCUCGAUUUGAUUGUAGCUAGGCUUGUAGUGUUGAAGAACAUAAUAGCCAGACCUAAAAUGCUCAAGAAAACCAGCUUAAUGACCUGUGAACGUGAGCAUUAUGUUCCCAUGUUUUGCACAAUGUGA